AUGGACUCCGAGUUCAAGGUGCUACUUUGUGAUCCGCUGCUAGGCCCUAUGCUCAAGGCUGCAGCGGCGGCAGGUGUCCCAUGGGUCGGCGUCGGCCUUCCGCUGACGCCAGCCAACCUCCGCACCAUCCUUCGUUAUCACCCGGUCUCUGCUGUACGACAGCUGUCGUACGAGCUGGGGCUACUUCCCCGCUUGGCGGCUGCCCUGCAGCAACUUGGGGAAGUAGCGGCUGUACGACAGGAGAUGGCGGCGAUGCUAGGGUACGACUCAUUCACCAGUUACAGCUACAGCCGUACAGGUCUGGCUGUAGCGGAUGAGGAUGUGGUUUCGGAGCUGCUUCAGGCUGUCGCACAAGCGCUGGGUCCAGCCGCAGAGGCGGAGGUGAGGCUCUUGGGAGAGGCUCUGGCGAGGGGGCAACAAAAACACGAAGAGGCCCCUCAGGCGGCAGCAUCGCGAUCAGCGGAGGAGCGUGAGGAGGAGCGUGAGGGGGUUGCGGAGGCCGAGCGGCGAGGAGCUGGGGAAGCUGCAUGUGCCGGCGACAGCAGCAGCGGCAGCAGCGACACCCCCCUAGCAGGUCUGCACGGCAGCAGCAGCGGCGGUGAGGAGAGUGGCAGCAGCAGCGAUGGCACGCGGAUGGCCC